CCGUGUAAAUAUUAUGUACUUAGUUAAAUUAAAGCUGUAAAUAAUUUCCCCCGUAUGUAAGAAGUUUCAUCAAAAAUCAUUGUGGUGUGGGUCAAUUAGGCAAAUGGAUAUCCAUUACCGAUUUUGUAACUACAUGUGAUUACAGUUACCAAAUAAAACCUUAGCUUAUCAUUCAUUAUCAUACCAUCGGGGAGACAAAACGCAACAAAAUGAAUUACUUAAAAGCGGCGAAAAAACAUAUGAGAACUCUUUAUAAGCGUUUGAUGGAUACCUGUGUGAACCUGACUAUUCACGGGCCAAGCUUCAUGGUGAGGAAAGAAGUCCAUUACAUAUGCCGAAUCAUCUAUUGCAUAAUUUAUAUCCAUAUAUGGUUUGCAGUCGUUUACACAAUUUGCAAUUAUUACAACCACUACCAUAAGAACCCCAUUCGGUUUACAACAAGGAGUGAUUACUUGCACUGGAACACCACGUAUCCCUCAAUCACCCUGUGUGAGAAAUCUAUUGAUAAUAUGGGUACGAACUCGAAUUCUGACGAAAACGGUACGAUCAAAAAUCCAGCUCGAUAUGUCGAUGAAAUAGCGUUCUUCGAAGGAACUUGUUUCUCGUGUCUAUCUGAUUGUGCGACCGAAGACGCCGUCUGCUCAUCCAACUUUGAAAAAAUCGUCACCGACCACCGCACGACCUGUGAAAACUUUUUCAGUUUUUGCAAAUGGAACACAAUGCCGGAACUAUGCUGCAAAAUAUUCCGCCCAGUGCAAACAGAAUUCGGAACAUGUUACACAUUCAACAAUAACCAUGUCACCGAAAAAGCUCAGUUUCGAUCGACAAUGACGACUUUGAACCCGGACGUUUUGGAAAUAAACGCUUUUCAAGAUUACGAGGCGUUCCUACAUUCCUCAGACGACAUACCGUUCUGGAACAUGGAAUACGAUAGGCGGAUCACAGUUCCAGUCGGUUCAGAGGCGCAUAUGAUUUUCUCAAUUGUCGAAAUAGUGAACGAGCCUGAGGUGUCGAUGACGUCACCAGAGGUCCGUCGAUGCCGCUUCAGCGAUGAGGUUCCACCAGAAUUCCUCUCAUACAAGUUCUACAGCUACUCCGUGUGUAUAACCGAAUGUCGGUUCGCGGCGCAGCUGGCCCUGUGCAACUGCACGCAUCACCUAUCGCCCCCAGAGUACAAGGACCGGAUUUGCGACAUAGAAGGCCUAAAAUGUCUAACCAGAAACCACGACACGUUGCGUAGCAUGAUGAUACCGGACGGGAACGUGUCGGGGAUAGAGUGCGACUGUCUGCCGUCGUGUACGGAGCCGGACUACAACAUAGUGAGUAACAAGUUGGAUGAGCCGGUGGGGCAGGUGAUCUCCAGCAUCGCGUGGUUCACGCUGGGCGCGCGCCCCCACCAACGCAUCACACGGCAGGUCACCCGCACGCCGCUCGACCUCGUCGUGGCUAUGGGCAACUGCAUCGGACUGUUCUUCGGAGGAUCCAUUUUGUCGAUCAUCGAGAUUGUCUACUAUCUUUGUUUUAGGAAGUGGCACGUUUAGGCCCAAUUUUUAUUGACUGAGUUUUUUAUCAAGAAUAAGAAUGAUUAAAUUAACUUUAUAAGUAGGUGUAGCGCUAAGUCAUAGUUUAUCAAAGCACAAAGUACAUAGGCUCUCUAAUCUGUGAACAUUACACUUGAGUGAAACAAAAUGUGUGGUUUGCGUGCAACUUAAUAAAAAAUAUCAAAUAAAACUUUAUCUUUUUUGUAAUUUUAAUUAACAUUUACACAAGGCUUUGUAGAAAGGUCACUUUUGGAUAUAAUUAUUAUACAUACAGUAUGUAUAAAGUGAGGUACGGAAAUUCUCAUUAGUAAGGUAAUCCAGGCAAGUCCUUCCCUGAGCGUCCUGGCUGACUUACACGGGUCACGGAGGGUCACAGUGUGAGGCUACUGUGUAGGAAUAUGAUAAAAUUUAUAUGUUUGUAGAAGAAGGAUAUAAUAAAAAGCCAGCCAGAAAUGAAAGGUAAUGGUGAAGGGGACGUUUACAAAUACAGUCAAAAAUUCACUAAUCAUGGAGUCACAUAUCUGAUUCUUACUGAAAAUAAAUACUGAUGCUUACGUAUUAAGGCGGUGGCGUAUGUAGAUA